GGCGGGGCGUGGUGACAUCACGGUCCGCACACACCUGAACUCCCGGCCGCUGGCUCUGGCAGUCCGUGUGUGUGGGUGAAGCGAGGAAGUCACGUCCUUACGUUUCUGUGACUUUAUUUCUUCUUUUCAUCCUCUCCUCCUCCCUGUACCACACAGCGAGCACCAAACAUCAGCACAGCGCACAGCACGAUGACCAGCGUGACCAUGGAGAACAGCAACGCACUCUCCCAGAGCAUGGACUCCGUGAACACAGCAGCAGCUGAAGAGGAGCAGUUCUGUCCUCUAUCCCAGGUACGUGAGGAUGUGACGCCGCCGCCUUCCGGGGUCGUCACGCGCUUGAUUGACCAGGUUCGGACGCUGUUCGUGAGUGGUCUGCCCAUGGACGCCAAGCCCAGAGAACUGUAUCUCCUCUUCAGAGCCUACGAGGGUUAUGAAGGCUCACUGCUCAAAGUCACCAGCAAGAACGGUAAAACUGCUUCGCCUGUGGGAUUCGUCACGUUCAGCACAAGAGCCGGAGCAGAGGCAGCCAAACAAGACCUGCAGCAGGGCGUGCGCUUUGACCCGGACAUGCCGCAGACCUCCGCCUGGAGGGUUGCUAAAAGUAACACCAAAGUUCGCAAAGCUAAGCAACAGUCACCCCCCGGCAGCGCCGCCGCACCCCACUCUCUGCACCCCUUCACAGGACUAAAGCUGAACCCUGCCUUCUUCCCCGGGGCACCGGACGUGUGGCCGCCCCACCCUCUGGCCUACACGGCAGAACUGCCGGGGACGGCAGCAGCGGGACUGCAGCACCACCCGGCACUCUUCCCCGCCCUGCACGCCCAAGUCCCACCUCCGUUAGCGCUGCCGCACGCGCCCAUGGUGUCGCAUGCGGCCGGAGUGGUGAUGCCCUCGCCCGCCCUAGCAUCACCUGCUGGCUCGCCCCAUUCGGCCCACCCGGCACCCCCGCAUCCCGCCGCACCACACAACCCUCCCUGCUCUACGCUCUUCAUCGCAAACCUUGGCCCAAAUGUCGCCGAGCAUGAACUGAAGGAUAUCUUCUCCAGGUAAGACCUGCCACUGCGACUC